AUGUUUAUCGAUUCCGCUUUAUCCUGUUGUUUACUAUUGUUAGCGUCCGGUUGUUGCAUUUAUCUAACGGGGAAAUGGUCGACACGUAGCUUUUCCAAAUUACAACCCGAUAUCAUAGCUACAACCAUAGGAGUUCUAGCAAUUAGUUUCAGAUCUUCGUUGAGCCUGUUAUCACCGUUCUAUAAUCAUGCUUUAUACCCUAUCGAUCCUUUAGAAAUCGAUGAUGAAGAUAAUACAAAAAUUCAAUCAAGAAUUAUUCCCUUUUACCACGUAUUAUGUAGAAUUUUGAGUAUGGGUGGCUUUAUUUAUGCUGUGUGCGAAGCACAGGGAAAUCGACAUAUCGGUAUUAUAAUUAUUUCAACGUUAACAUUUAUUGAAUACGUCCAUGCUAUGUACACGAACUAUUCUAGCCAAUUAAGUGACAAAUAUUUCCAUUUCUUGUGGAUGGUAGGUGGAGGAACAUUGGGAUGGAAGUAUGGAAAUAACUAUUGGUUGCUGGCUUACCUACCGUACUGUAUUACGUUUUUGGUACUCACCCCAGAAAAAGAUUUUCCAUGGUCUGUCGAGCAAAUCAUUAAUAAUUACAUGAUGAUAGCUCACAUUUUCUUAAUGCUUGAUGCUGUACGCGAAGCUCGUUCUAUCAAUUAA